AUGUUCUGGCGCUUCGGGGGAUAUUCGAGUAUCUCCACUAUCGACUCUCUUCUGGACAAGCCUGAUGUCAGCCUUGAAGAGCUGUUAGACGAGUCCGAGCUAAUACAAGAGCUCAAGCAACUCAACACGAAACUUAUAGAAUACCUACGUGAGGAUGAUGUCCUGAAGAAGCUAAUGGACUAUGUGGUUGCCCCUAGUCUGGUGGAUGAUAACGACGAUGACGAUGAGCAAGAUACCCCAAGUAAUGAUGAUGCUAAAAACGAUGUUUGCGCCACAGAGAAGAAAGGUGACCCCCUCAAAUCCUUGUUGGACCCCGAAGAUCUAGAGCGAGCGGAGAAGGAACGCCUGAAGCGAGCGUAUAUCGCGUGUGAGGUCCUCUCGUCCGAGGUUUGGUCAAUCUUGGACUCUAUAAUGGCAAACCCAGAAUAUUUGCGCGGUUUCUGGGGAUUCAUCCGUCGGCCAGCACCUCUGGAUCCUAUCCAGGCGAGUUAUUUCACGAAAGUGAACGAAACACUCCUGGACAAGAAAACAGGCGAGAUGCUAGAACUUUUGAAGUCAAUGGAUGAUAUCGUCCCGGCAAUCCUGCAGCAUGUCGACAACCCCAUGGUUAUGGACCUUCUUUUGAAGUUGAUCAGCCUGGAAAGGGCCGAAGGUGGUCAGGGCAUUGUUGAUUGGCUCAAAACGCAGGAUCUAAUACCCAAAUUGCUCUCUUUCCUUUCGCCUGAAUGGCCGGGUUCCGUCCAGACUUCCGCCGGCGAUUUUCUGAAGGCUAUCAUCACCAUAUCCGCCAACGCAACACAGAAUGACCAAUCUUGUAUUGGUCCUAACAGUCUGACUCGUCAACUGGUCUCCGUACCUUGCGUGGAGAGCCUUGUUAAGGCGAUGCUACAGGGUGGGAAUCCUUUGACUGUUGGUGUUGGAAUCGUCAUUGAAGUUAUCCGGAAAAAUAAUUCCGAUUACGAUCCGGAGCACCUCAAUAGCCCCGAUCUAAUGCCGUCAAUGUACGAUCCUAUUUAUCUCGGCUCUCUGCUUCGCGUCUUUGCCAAACAUAUACCCGACUUUAUGGCAUUGAUACAGAGCUCUAAGCAUACCAUUACCGAGGGGGGAAAGAUGAAGACCGUUGAGCGAGGACAACUUAAUUCUGCUUGGGGCGCCAAAAUUGAGCCGCUGGGUUUCGAUAGGUUCAAGACAUGCGAGCUCAUGGCGGAGUUACUUCAUUGCAGCAACAUGGGACUUUUGAACGAGCCAGGGAGUGACGAAUACGUGCUUCAAAGGGAUGCCGAACGCGAAAGAAUCGUAAAAGAAGGCGCGUUUGGUCAACGUAAUGAUGGUAACUCGACUUUCGAUGGCAACGACUCUACGGUUGACUUUGUCAAUGGCUCUAUUGGGGGAUUCGCUUCCCCAGAAGACUCCAGGGACUACGAGGGGGCAAAUGCGGGUGAUGAAGGGUUUGAGGAUGUCAGCUCAUCAACUGUCCUUGUAGACAAGGAGAAAGAAACGGGCCAUAAGGAGUCCGAGUCCGCGUCAACGUCAGCUGUUGCUGCAUCAAAGCAACCUCAGGAGAAGGCAGCACAGGCAGAACUCAAGGAGCAGGAACAGCCACACAUCAGCCAGCCGAGCACGCCUCCAACUGAGCCCCUCUCAGCUACAGAUGAGCUUGCUGCGCAGAUUGGUGCUGUGUCGCUCGACUCCACUCCAAGCAAUGACGAAAAUCAAAAACCUUCGGAAUCAAACUCCGACGAGUCUGCUACUAAGCAAGAACCAGUUCCAGCCUCCGCCCCUAUGUCCUCCAAUCUGGAUGCCAUCCCUGCUCCUCUGUUUGCUUCCAAGGAACAAAACAAUGGGGCUACCCCUGCAAGAGCUGAUGCUCCUGAUCAAGCAACUAAGGCUACAGAGCCGACGGAAAAUGUGCCUGAGACACACUCCGCACGAGGCACUACAGGAGAUGCACCGCAACCCUUACAUCCAGAUAUUCAAUUGGAUAUCAACGGCCAACCCGUUGUUGGAGACUAUCUGAAGAUAAUGUUUGUUGAAAACCGAGUUGUGCCGACGAUUUUGGACUUCUUCUUCCGUUUUCCUUGGAACAAUUUCCUUCACAAUGUUGUCUACGACGUCAUCCAACAAGUUUUCAACGGCCCUAUGGAUCGCGGAUACAAUCGAAUCCUAGCCGUCGACGUUUUUGAGACCGGCAAAAUCACUCAAACAAUCUUCGACGGCCAAAAACGAAGCGAUGAGACUCAACAGGCCAAGCGAAUCCGACUCGGUUACAUGGGACAUUUGACUCUCAUUGCUGAGGAAGUUGUCAAAUUCAGCGAGCGCCACCCUCCCGAGCUGCUUUCUCCCACAGUCAUGGACAGCGUGCUCAACCCAGAAUGGAUAGAUUACGUGGAGCAAACGCUUUCCGAGACCAGAGAGCGUGACAACGCAAUCCUCGGCGGCGUGCGCCCAGAUAUUUCUAUCGGACAUCGCCAGGGCAUGCUGGGUAAUGGUCAAUCUUCAGCCCUGGCCGAAGCCGGACUGAACGGAAUGGCUGGAAACUCGAACUUCCAAGGAUUCGACAUGGCCAACCAAGGCAGUGUGUCCGGUGGAGCAUUCGGCACAGGAGGCAACUCACUACUAAGCGGAUUCGCCAGCUCAAGUGACGACGACGAAGACGAGGAUAUGGAGGACCAAGAUGACCGACAUCUACUCGAACAGCAGUCCACAGAAGGCGGCACUGAAAAUGCAUCAAGUCAGCCAAUUCCAAUCAUUGCUCCGCCUCCAGCUCCCCUUAGUACUGGUCCAUCUCGAGCGCGGAGACAGCUCGCUGCACGACUUGCCGCUCAGAAACAGGCGGCUGAAAAUGCGGAAGGUGGCGAGCACAGAGAUGAGGAGCAAUCCCACGGGAGUACGGAGUUUCAGUGGCCGUCUGACUCCUUUGCGAGUACCGGCCUGAACGAGGGAGGAGGUCAUUCCUCUGACUUCCCUUCGGGUAACGUCGCGUCGCCAACCUUCCCUGACACUGGGUUCAACACGUCAGACUCGUUCUCUACCGGCUCCUCUGAUGAUGACAACGAUUUGAUGGGAACGAGCCAACGGAGAGAGCGCGUGCCGCUCGAGGUCGACGACAAUGACGAUGACAUGGGCGAAAUGGUGGGUCCAUCGAUGGAUUCGCACUUGAUGGACUCCGACGAAGAGGAAGAAGCCAUCCUCAACGAGUCGCUGGGAUACCCGGAACUCGGGCCCGGGCAGUAUAAGAACUUCCGAAGCUCACGGAUGGGCCAUUCCACAUACGGCGACGACCAGAACGACAGCAGUGAUGAGGAAGACGAGGGUCUGGUCGAGAUUCUAGUCCCCAGCAGAAAACCUCAGUGA